AUGGAGGCGCUGCAUCCUAGUCGAUCUUCCUUGAGUGCGGUUGGAUCGGGAUACUCGUCAGGAUUAUCGUGUGGAUUGUUACUCGGAUCAUUGCCAGCUUCCGUCAUAACUGCAUCUUCUUGUCCCGGGCCGGGAUCGCUGCAGAUGGUGACUUUGGAUCCGGUUAAACCGAGACUCAUUCCUGGUUCCGAAGUGGAAGGGCAUUCUGGCGCCGAAGUGGACGCGCCUGUCCCGGUUCCAUUCGACUUCGCAGCCCACGCCGAAGUGGGAAUGUCAUUUUUACCGACAUCGGAUCUAGCUUGUCCCGACGUCACGACCUCGGUUCCAUGA